GCCUUCUUUAACUCAGAGGGGACUGAUGGAGGUGUGUAAACGCUUCUAAGCGACGGGAGGAUGAGGAGGUUCCCUCUCUCGGUGACACUGUGAGGAUUCCCUCACCGCGCUGAACGAUGAGCGCUGUUUUCACGUCAGGAAUCAUCCUCGUUAUUUUGUCAUCCGGGUCUUCAGCUCGCCUCUCGCGGCUUUAUUUACUUUCCAGUUACCACAGAGCUCGCGCUGGCGCUCCGUGCGCGCGCUCAUUAUCUGUCACGUUAAAACAGCGUGAACAUUUUUAAAACUUCAGUGCGAAAUCCAGUUGAGAAAACUGUUACUAAUAAGUGAAACUGAUCGAAAUCUACAGGUCUUUUUUUUAUGUUUUCCUGGUGAACAUUUCAUGGCUCCGGAAUGGAGAUAGCCUUGGUGAGUUUGGAGAACGGCGGCGCGAGAGGGAGCGCGAGCGAUGCCAGAGAAGGCUGCCGUAGCGCGCGGGACGAGUGUGUGAAGGAGCUGAACACGGAACCGAGCUCGUGGAGAAUGAACGACGUGAGCGACACGUUCAGCUGCGCGGAAAGCGCCGUGGAUGCGCUGCUGCGCGCCGACCGCGUCCCUCACCUCUUUGACGAGGACCUGUCGGACGUGGUGGACGUGAUGGACAACUUGGAGCAUGACGGGAGCAAUGAGCGCGUGCUCAUUAACAUCGCAGGUCUGAGGUACGAGACACAGCUGGGCACCCUAAACCAGUUCCCUGACACCUUGCUGGGAGACCCAGACAAGAGGAUCAAGUACUUUGACCCACUUCGGAAUGAGUACUUCUUUGACCGAAACCGGCCGAGCUUUGAUGGGAUCCUGUACUUCUACCAGUCAGGUGGGAAAAUCCGGAGGCCCGUCAACGUGUCCAUCGAUGUAUUCGCUGAUGAAAUACGGUUCUACCAGCUGGGUGAAGAGGCUAUGGAGCGCUUUCGAGAAGACGAGGGCUUCAUCAAGGAAGAAGAGAAACCCCUACCACACAAUGAGUUUCAGAAACAGGUGUGGCUCAUUUUUGAGUACCCCGAAAGCUCGAGUCCUGCCCGUGGCAUCGCCAUUGUAUCUGUGAUCGUCAUCACCAUAUCCAUCAUCACUUUCUGCCUAGAGACGUUGCCUGAGUUCAGGGAUGAGAGGGAGCUUCAAGGAGCGAGCAGGACAGCUGCCAAUUCCACUUUACAAGCUCGCCCAUCGCUCACAUUCUCCGACCCAUUUUUUGUCGUUGAGACCACCUGUGUGAUUUGGUUCACCUUUGAGCUUAUUGUCAGGUUCUUUGCCUGCCCCAGCAAGUCAGAGUUCUCCAAAACUGUCAUGAACAUCAUCGACAUCAUGUCCAUCAUGCCUUACUUCAUCACAGUAGGGACAGAGCUGGUGGAGCAGCAGCACGGUCAGGAUCAUGACAACGGACCGCAGCAACAGCAGGCCAUGUCACUGGCCAUCUUGAGGGUUAUUAGACUAGUGAGGGUGUUCCGCAUCUUCAAGCUCUCAAGGCACUCCAAAGGUCUCCAGAUCUUGGGGCAGACUCUGAAGGCCAGCAUGCGAGAGCUAGGCCUGCUCAUCUUCUUCCUUUUUAUCGGUGUAAUCCUUUUCUCAAGCGCUGUGUACUUUGCUGAGGCUGACGAGCCUGAGUCCCAUUUCUCCAGCAUCCCAGAUGCCUUCUGGUGGGCUGUGGUUACAAUGACCACCGUGGGCUAUGGUGAUAUGAGGCCUGUAACAGUUGGAGGCAAAAUUGUAGGCUCACUAUGCGCCAUUGCUGGUGUGUUGACCAUUGCACUGCCCGUGCCUGUGAUCGUAUCCAACUUCAACUAUUUCUACCACCGAGAGACCGACCAGGAGCAAGCUGCACUCAAGGAUGAGCCCUCCAGUGAUGUCCACGGAUGCAGCAGGUCGCCUCCGAAUUCCCCAGGAGAUGUAGAAAGUCAGGACACACCGGUGGGAAAGGCCAACAUUAAAGCAAACAGCAGCACAGACAUUAAAGAUUCCCUCUAUGCGUUUUGCUUAGACACAAGGGAAACAGACUUGUAGUGUUAGUUUGCAUUAUGAACGUCAGUCACCAACAUUGUAAGGUGUGUUGAUACCUUUAAAUUUAGUUUUAUCAGUAAUUAUUGGUCAAAAAAGACUAAGAUGCUCUAAGUCUUAUAGACUGGUAUGAGUCUUUGCACACCCGAAAUGAUCAACAUGUCGCCGCAGUGCUUGAAGGUUUAAUUUUUUUUUUUAUUUGACCCCUAACAGAGCUACUUGUUUCUAUAAAUCCAAGCUGGACACAAUUAAUACUUUAAGAAUUAACACUUUAGGUGUCGGUUCAACGCAACCCAAAUUGAAGAAAAUUUCUUUUCUGAAAUGUACUGUGUUAAAUGUGCCGUGUCAGGCUCGUGGUUGCUGAUAUGGUUGUUUCAAUUGCAACAGAAAUCAUGGAGCUUCAGUAUUCUGGAUUGUUUCAUGCAUGGAAGCACAUAAAUCAUUUGAAUAAAUUAUAGAGACCUCCAAA